GUUUGCUCCAGCUAUGCAGCAAUUAUUGACAUUAUCAACACCUCUCCUAUCCUAUAUGAACAGGAUACAGCAAAAGCUGUAUAAAAGUAGUAGCUAGUUUUGGAGGUGAUACAAUUAUUUGCAAGCUUCAUGUACACUGUGCUCUCUGAGGUGGCAUGAAGACAGCUGCAUUCAUAUUUGGCGUCUUGUUCCUGUGGUCAUGGCAACCAGCCAGCGCACAGAUAAUGUGUCUAGGCCUGAGCGACCCAGCCAACGGUACUAUCUCCUUCUCUCAAGGUGUGAUGGUGGGAUCCAUGGCAACGUACACCUGUCACUACCCCUUUAUACUGAGCGAGAACAAUAAUCAGACGUGUGAGGCGAGUGCAGUUGGUGCAGUGUGGUCCGGGAGCCAACCAACAUGCACUUUCCCCGACUUCAAUAACGCUACGAUACGCUUUGAACGUUCUAACUACACCGUCAUGGAGAAUGGUAGUGUCGAGGUAUGCAUUGCUGUUUACAGUGGAUUUGUCGGCAGUCCCUUCAACAUCUGGUAUCACAGGAGAUUUUUUGGUAUUACUAUUUGGUUCCAUAUUACUCUCCCGUACGGAUUGGUGACUGGAGACAUAGCGUGCAGUGAUCUGUCCGUUGCCAAUGACGACCUUCUCGGCAAUAACAUGACGAUCACAGUACCUCUUGAGAUUCCAGAGAAUGUGACAGGUGUUACUGCUGAGAGUAACACCACUUUCUCGCUGUUCUUCAUCGAUAACGACGGCCCCGAUGUGGAUGAGUGUGCUAUGGGCAUUGAUAACUGUGACUCUAACGCUGAGUGCAUGAAUACAGACGGCAGCUUCAACUGUACCUGUAACCCUGGAUACACAGGAGACGGAUUACUUUGUAGUGAUAUCGACGAGUGUGCUACCAACACGGACAACUGCAAUGAGAAUGCUCUGUGUACAGACGUUGAGGGAAGUUUUGAGUGUGUGUGCAAUACUGGCUUCAAUGGAGAUGGCGUGUCGUGUGCAAUACCUGCAACAGUUGAUGCAGUUAGUUUCUACUUCAACUACUAUGACGUGUACGUGUACUUCUACUUGAGUAACUUGGUGGAGAAUCCGUUUUUGAAUAAUGGUGACUUUAACAGACAGUUUGAUCGUACGUCUGAUGUACCGUGCUUUUUGAACGAGCUUGUUUUCAGGAAUACAAACACUAACGAAACAUUCCAGGCUGAUUACCCGGGGUUUUGCUCUUCGUACAGUAACAAUUUCAUUUUUAUCCGCAUGAAUCAUAGAGAUUAUCUCAAGCUGGUUUUGGAUGGGUUUAUCAGUACAACCUCUACUACUCCCUUGGAAAUGUACACUGCAGAUAUGCUUGGAGCUCCUUUCAACCUUCACAUAGAACCAAAUGACGCAAUCGAGUUCAACGUGAUAAUGAAUUUUUACUCUUACGUAGGUAUUACUGAUCUUGAUUAUUGGAUCGAUGAGGGAAUUCUUUUGAUUCAUUUCCGUACUUUAAUUGACGUAGCUACAGUAAAUCCCAGCAAGCUGUCACUCUUUCGCAAUUAUGAUCGGAGCAACGCUGUUAGCAUUACGGGUGGUGAAGUACUGAACCAGUCUCCUGGCCUAGCAAGAUCUGUGGCUAUCCGACUGACUUCUGAUGAUCUAGAUAUUCUUGCAUGCAGAGGAAUAUGCACGGGAAAUGAUCUGAUUUUCAAUCAAGCCUGUUACCUUGGCGUAGAAUCAGAAUUUGCUACAGGGUAUUUUGGAGUGGAGGUUUCUCCCACUACUGGCUAUCGAGUCAAUAACAUCCGGAGAGCUCCCACAGAUUUUGAGCCAGUGACUAUGUCUAUUCAGCUGGAGUAUAUCGAUGGAUUGAUUUUCAAUUUGACGCUCGGUCUAGGUCAGCCCUUCACAGUUCGAUAUGAUGUUGGCGAAAGAAUUAUCAGUGUGAUGUGCACAAGCAGGAACACUAGCCAUAUGAACCCAAUGCUGGACAUUGACAAUGGUGCAGUGUCUAUUCCACCGAACUACAUCCAGAAUGACUGGCCCAACUCCACAACCUUGAAUGCACCCUGGGGGCUAGCUGAGUCUGGUUUGCAAGGUUACCACACGUGCAGGACAGAGGGAGACACUUUCCUCAGCCAUAUGCAUCACCUUCUACAUCCCAACGGUAAUUACAUCUUUUUCUACAACGACACCUCCAUUUCGGUUGAUAUAUAUGAAGAUAUCGUACUCCGCUUUGCACAUUCAGGAAAUUUUGAGUUUAAUUGGUUCCAAUUGUUUACCAAUGAAUACAAUAGGGCACCUUUUAACUUCCGUUUUGAAAUAAACACUCCAUUUCCAUACCAUGCUGAAUUGCACAUCGCCAGGACACGGUUUAACUAUGCGGGAGAGUACUUUAUCUAUUACAAUUCUCACCUAUGGCCAAACAUCAUCAUCGAUGUCAAUGCCCUCAAACUCACUCUCUACCCACCGGUCCUGACUGUGCUCAGCUCUGACCCUCCCGAUACAACCGCCUCUCUCACUUGUACCUCCAGUAAUUCAAAUGUUCCUGUGAUGUUCCCUGGAAACCACACCUCACUGGGCAUCACGUCUACCUACCUAGAUGACACCAAAACCUCUGUGAGAUUGGAUUUUGAGCUAAACGAAAGCCUUAUUGGCAUGCUAGAGGGGAUGAAGUUCAUCUGUGAGGCCAGGGAUCCAGAUAAUUUUAACUCCAUUGUGUCAACAGCCAGUUCCACCUUCAGAAAAGUGUCAGCUCCUCUGUCCAUCUAUGCAAUUGAGCCCGACAGUAGUCGUAAUCAAGUUAUGGAUGGUGCAAUGAUCAAUACAGCCAGCUCGUUUGAAUGCCUGUGGUAUAUCAAUUCCACACAAACGGAUAUUGAAGUUAUCACUGAGACCUUGUUCUGGAGAAUCAAUCUGGAGUCCCAAGAAGAAAUGGAGUUCACUUCAGACGUUAGUGUUGAAGAUUAUAUAGUCACUACACUCGAGAAUGGAAUCACUCUGAAUAUUCUCGGCAGUUUCCGUGGAAACGUUUCGUGCAUCUAUGGCAAUGACAGUUUAAGGGUCAAUGUUGUCACUAGAGCUCCGGUGUCGGGUGUAGACUUCAUUCCUCCUAUCUUCCCCGAAGAUGCUGUGGAAUUGUUUGAUAGUGAUGAUGGAUGUUCACAGCGGAUUUACUCGAGUACAGGUAUUCCUUUUGGAGCCGCAACACACCAAUACGUUCAUGUCUGCACGAAUGGCAUGCUGACUGUUGGCACUCCCCCACUCUUUCUCGGUACAGCAUCGGAACGAUUCCCCACAUCUGAUAUCAGGAUCAGCCAAUCAAAUUUGCUCGCUCCAUUCUGGAAUGACCACGACAACCGUGACUUCACCUCUAGUGUAAGGUACAGAGUGUACAAUGAUGCUGGUGGUGACACCGAUAGUUUUAUAAAUAUCGUGAGCUCUUUCAUAUCAAACCGUAUCGAUGCUGAAAUAUUUGGUACAUUUGUUCCCACUUGGAUGCUAGUAGCCUCCUGGAGGGACGUUCCUCCGUACCCCUACACUGCAAUAGACAGAGGAAAAAAUUCGUUCGAAGCCAUUAUCAUAACUGAUGGUGUAGUAACCUUUGCUGUCUACACGUAUAACUGUGAUGAUCUGCAAUGGGGUCAGUCGCAGGAUGGUGACUAUUCUACCAUCGGCUACAACAUCAAUCCAGCCUCGUUUUUUGGUAGUGAUCCCCAAAAUUUGUCUGCUUUCCAAGAUCAUCGUAUUUCAAAUCUUCCCAUGAGCGAGAUGGUUGCAUGUUCAAGCCUUGUUAGAGGAUCACGUUAUCAUAAUGAAGUGUAUUUAGUCGGCCAGUCUAGAGAUACCACGCAAUUGGCACGUGCAGAAUGUACCAGCUCUAUCAACAACGAUACCUUGUAUGGUAACAUAAUCAUUAGAAGUACAGUAAGGGAUGGAUGCCCUUGCAACUUGGCUCAAGCUUCAAGAGACUUUGCCUUUAGUUUUAUUGGUGUAUUUCAGUUAACAUUGGACCCUGUGUACGCUGAUCAGUUCUGUUAUACUCCAAGAUUCUCUCAGAUCAACACCAUUCUCUGUUGCUAUAGUCAAAACAGUGGAGCUCUCAACAAUGUUGGUGGUAUCAGUGGAGUGGUGGCGUACAGUCCUAGCUUCUUCCCAAGAGAGUUCCUUGAUAACGAUUACAACUUACGUCGCAAAUGCAGCAUAGGAGGUGCAAUUGACACACUGUACAGGACUAGAAGACCUCCAGUGACCUGUGCCAUUUAUCAGCCUCCAAGAAGAACUUUCUGUAGUGGUGAUCCUCAUCUCACGAAUCUUGAUGGAACUAAGUUCACAUUCAACGGUUGGGGAGAGUACAUUCUACUGGAGUUGGAGACUGAUAACACCACAUUCUGGGUGCAAGCUCGUAUGCAUCCACUCGUAGAUUCUAAUGCUACUGAACUAGGUGGUUUCGCUUUUGCUAUGAGCAGGGAUACUCCUGUAGAAAUUCGCCUGAAUGCAACUAGACAGCUUGAUAUUCUGAUCAGUGGUGAAGAUGUAACGGACCAACUGGUCAACGUAAGCUCUUCUAUAUCCACUGACUUCUACUCUGUGUCUCGAAGCAGUUCCAAUUCCAUUUUGGCCACGUUCCCGAAUGGAAUGGGAUUAAUGGUGACUCUCUCGAGCAUGCUCACCUUCACAGUCAUCAUCCCUGAUGCCUUCCGUGGACUAACUAGAGGAAUGGUUGGAAAUUACAAUGGUGAUGUCACUGAUGAUGUCAGAUUCCGAAACGGGACUUUGGUGCCUCUUUCUGAAUUUUCCUUUCGGAUACUACACCAAGUGGGGCUGUCAUGGCAACUGGAUGCUUCAGAGUCUCUCUUCACUUACCCUGAGGGCUUAACUGCCGCAGACUUUGCUGUCCUUGACCACGAUCCACCAUACCUGGAUGAAGUGGUAGCCAGUGCAUCAGCAGAAGUGCUUCAGGCAUGUGGAAAUAAUGUCGAGUGUAUUUUUGACUCUAUGGAAACAGGGGACAUCAAUAUCGGCCUUGAAACCAUGGCUAUGAUUUCAAUAAUUGACGAAGAUGAGAGACUUGCAUCCAACUUCCCUCCCAUGAUCAACGGCCCUGACACUCUCUAUGUGACACUGGGGGAACAGGCUGAACUGGUGUUCAAUGUGACUGACGACAAGGGCAUUAUCAACGUUACACUAGUGGAUGGACUGCCAGCUGGGGCCACUCUACUGCCUGCCCCCAUUGACAACUUUACGGUGGAGUAUACAUUAAAAUUGCAGCUUGAUACGAUUUUCGAUAUUUCUCUUGUGUUUUUGGCCACUGAUGAGCUGGACUCUGGGUCAACUCUAGAAGUGCAGGUUGUGAUCUGUGCUUGUGUGAACAAUGGCAACUGCACACUGGAGGGAGUAGUGGAUCAGAGUGCCAGUACUGUCGUCUCAAACUGUCUAUGCCCUCAAGGUUGGGAGGGUGACUUCUGUGAGGAUGACGUUGAUGGUUGUGCCAACUUUGACUGUUUCAUGAGUGUGAAUUGUGUGGACGUCCCUGCUCCAGGAGUGGGGGCCAUGUGUGGUCCAUGCCCUCAAGGAUAUCGUGGAGACGGGUCAAAGUGUGCCGAUAUCAACGAGUGUAACGGUACCCACGGUUGUGCUCAACUGUGCGUCAAUGAACCAGGAAGCUUCGAGUGUGCCUGUUACCCUGGUUACGAGCUCGUCAGCCAAGCAGAAUGUAGAGACAUAAACGAGUGCUCUUUGCUCAAUGGUGGUUGUCAUCACUUCUGUAACAACACGAUCGGAGGAUUUGAUUGCAGCUGUGAGGAAGGUUAUACCAUCAGCAUUGACAACGAAACCUGCCAAGUUGACCCAAUAUCGAUGUGUGAUGCUAUGAGCAGCUGUGCCCAGUCCUGUGUGAGUUUAUCUGGUGUGGAAACCUGCAACUGUCUCCCUGGUUUCGAACUGGCGUCCAAUCAGAUUGACUGCACAAACAUCAAUGAGUGUCUGGAGGAUCCGUGUGAGCAGAUCUGCGUUGACUUGGCGGGAGGUUAUGAAUGCUCGUGUCGGGAGGGAUACGAACUGUUGCCUGGGGGAAGAUGUACCGAUAUCAACGAGUGUUUGGUGGCAGCUAUGGACAUAUCUACCCCUGACCUUUGUGGACCUUUGAUGUUUUGUGUGAAUGGUGAUGGUAACUACAGCUGUGAGUGCCUGGCCGGUACACUACUAAUGGACGGAGUGUGUGAAGCUGUGAUGUGUCUAGACCUGAUCGACCCAGCCAACGGUACUAUCUCCUUCUCUCAAGGUGUAAUGGUGGGCUCCGUGGCAACAUACACCUGUAAUGACCCCUAUAUACUGAGCGAGAACAGUAACCCGAUUUGUGAGCCGAGUGCAGUCGGUGCAAUGUGGUCCGGAAGCCAACCAACAUGCAAUUUUCCCGACUUCAAUAGCGUUACGAUAUCCUUUGAACGCUCUGACUACACAGUCAUAGAGAAUGGUAGUGUCGAAGUAUGCAUUGCUGUUGACAGUGGAUUUGUCGGCAGUCCUUUCAACAUUUGGUAUCACGAGAAUCUUUUUGGUAUUACUAUUUGGUUCCACAUUACUCUCCCGUAUGGAUUGGUGACUGGAGACACAGAAUGCAGCGAUCUGUCCGUUACCAAUGACGACCUUCUCGGCAAUAACAUGACCAUCACAGUACCUCUUGAGAUUCCAGAAAAUGUGACAGGUGUUACUGCUGAGAGUAACACCACUUUCUCGCUACUCUUCAUCGAUAACGACGGCCCCGAUGUGGACGAGUGUGCUAUGGGAAUUGAUAACUGUGACUCUAACGCUGAGUGCAUGAAUACAGAGGGCAGCUUCAACUGUACCUGUAACCCUGGAUACACAGGAGACGGAUUACUUUGUAAUGAUAUCGACGAGUGUGCUACCAACACAAACAGCUGCAAUGCGAAUACUGUGUGUACCAACGGUGAAGGUAGUUUUGAGUGUAUGUGUGAUACUGGCUUCAGUGGAGAUGGCGUAUCCUGCGCAAAUAUCGACGAGUGUGCUUCACUACACAACUGUCAUGACAACGCUUUGUGUACGGACACUAUGGGAAGUUUUAAUUGUGUUUGUGAUGAUGGUUACCGUGGUGAUGGAGUGGCCUGUAUAGAUAUUGAUGAAUGUGACGAUAAUAUGGAUAAUUGUACUGAGGACAAUGCCGAGUGUACUAACACAAUAGGCAGCUUUACUUGUGCGUGUGACCCUGGUUACUCUGGUGAUGGAACUGUGUGCACGGAUAUCGACGAGUGUGCUACGAACAUGGACAACUGCGGUGACAAUACUGUGUGUAUAAACGUUGAGGGUAGUUUUAAUUGCAUGUGCGAUACUGGCUUCGUUGGAGAUGGUGUAUUCUGUGCAAAUAUCAAUGAGUGUGCUAUCGAUAUGGACAACUGCAAUAACAAUGCUUUGUGUACGGACACUAUGGGAAGUUUUACUUGUGUUUGUACUGAUGGUUUCCGUGGUAAUGGAGUGGCAUGUACAGAUAUUGAUGAAUGUGACGAAAAUCUGGAUAAUUGUGCUGAGGACAAUGCCGAGUGUACUAACACAAUAGGCAGCUUUACUUGUACGUGUGACCCUGGUUACUCUGGUGAUGGAACUGUGUGCAUGGAAAUCGAUGAGUGUGCUACCAACACGGACAACUGCGAUGACAAUGCUCUGUGUACAGACGUUGUUGGUAGUUUUGAGUGUGUGUGCAAUACUGGCUUCAGUGGAGAUGGUGUGUCCUGUGCAAAUAUCGACGAGUGUGGUAUCAAUAUGGGCAACUGUGAUGAUAAUGCUCUUUGUACUGACACUAUGGGAAGUUUUACUUGUGUUUGUGCCGAUGGUUUCCUUGGUGAUGGAGUGACCUGUACAGAUAUUGACGAAUGUACUGGAAAUAUGGAUAAUUGUGCUGAGGACAAUGCCGAGUGUACUAACACAAUAGGCAGCUUUACUUGUGCGUGUGACCCUGGUUACUCUGGUGAUGGAACUGUGUGCAUGGAUAUCGACGAGUGUGCUACCAACACGGACAACUGCAAUGACAAUGCUCUGUGUACAGACGUUGAGGGUAGUUUUGAGUGUAUGUGCAAUACUGGCUUCAAUGGAGAUGGCGUGUCCUGUGCAAAUAUCGACGAGUGUGCUCUCAGCAUACUACACAACUGUCAUGACAACGCUUUGUGUACGGACACUAUGGGAAGCUUUAUUUGUGUUUGUGUUGAUGGUUUCCGUGGUGAUGGAGUGGCCUGUGUAGAUAUUGAAGAAUGUGACGAUAAUCUGGAUAAUUGUGCGGAGGACAAUGCCGAGUGUACUAACACAAUAGGCAGCUUUACUUGUGCGUGUGACCCUGGUUACUCUGGUGAUGGAACUGAGUGCAUGGAUAUUGAUGAAUGUGACGAUAAUCUGGAUAAUUGUGCCGAGGACAAUGCCAAGUGUGCUAACACAAUAGGCAGCUUUACUUGUGCGUGUGACCCUGGUUACUCUGGUGAUGGAACUGUGUGCACCGAUAUCGAUGAGUGUGCUACCAACACGGACAACUGCAAUGAGAAUGCUCUGUGUACAGACGUUGAGGGUAGUUUUGAGUGUGUGUGCAAUACUGGCUUCAGUGGAGAUGGUGUGUCCUGUGCAAAUAUCAAUGAGUGUGCUAUCGAUAUGGACAACUGCAAUGACAACGCUUUGUGUACGGACACUAUGGGAAGUUUUAUUUGUGGUUGUGUUGAUGGUUUCCGUGGUGAUGGAGUGACCUGUACAGAUAUUGAUGAAUGUGACGAAAUUCUGGAUAAUUGUGCCGAGGACAAUGCCGAGUGUACUAACACAAUAGGCAGCUUUACUUGUGCAUGUGACCCUGGUUACUCUGGUGAUGGAACUGUGUGCAUGGAUAUCGAUGAGUGUGCUACCAACACGGACAACUGCAAUGACAAUGCUCUGUGUACAGACGUUGAGGGUAGUUUUGAGUGUGUGUGCAAUACUGGCUUCAGUGGAGAUGGUGUAUCCUGCGCAAAUAUGAACGAGUGUACUCUCAAUAUGGACAACUGCAAUGACAAUGCUUUGUGUACGGACACUAUGGGAAAUUUUACUUGUGUUUGUACUGAUGGUUUCCGUGGUGAUGGAGUGGCUUGUAUAGAUAUUGAUGAAUGUGACGAGAAUCUGGAUAAUUGUGCCGAGGACAAUGCCGAGUGUACUAACACAAUAGGUAGCUUUACUUGUGCGUGUGACCCUGGUUACUCUGGUGAUGGAACUGUGUGCACGGACACAGACGAGUGUGCUGCCGGACUGGACAACUGUCACCCCAAUGCCACCUGUUCUAACUCUGUCGGCAGCUUCAGUUGUGACUGUUAUGAUGACUUCUUUGGAGAUGGCAACAUCUGUAUACCUGGUGUUCAGUUAAGCCUUGCCCCGGACCGAUACAGCGUACUGGAGGGAGAGUCACUCGACGUCACCAUGAAUGUGUACAACCCAAGCGAUGAAAAUAUCACAGUGUCUGGAUGCUUCCACAUCUUGAAAAUCGAGCUUUACGUAUCGUAUUCUUUUGACGUGCACGCUGGAGCCAUGUUUGCCCAAACGGAGACCAUCAUGUUUCCUGGUGACGACAUACUAAACGACAUGGAAAAAAUGAACGUGGAAUUGGUAUUGGAAUCAGACAGUGAUUUGGUGACAAUUGUGGAUGGAUACGGUACCGCCAACGUUAUUGUUGUCGACGAUGAUAUUGUAGAUGUCGGCUUCACUGAAACAGAGGUGUAUGUACUCGAGAGUGAGGGUGUGGUGCAUGUGUGUGUGGAGCUCCUCCAAGGGUCAGGCUGUCAACGCCCCCUCGUGCUACGAGUGAACACAAGGAAACAUUCUGACGCCACCUUUCCUGCCAAUAAAAGUGAUGACUUCAAAACCUUACGGGAGGUUGGCUCCAUCAACAUUAAUGCUGAGGAGGGCCAGACAGAAUGUUUCGACGUGAAUAUCGUGAAUGAUGAUUAUUAUGAGCAAAACGAAACAUUUAAAAUCAUGUUGGACGUCAAGGACGCUAACGUGUUUACACUGGUUGACAUGGUAAUCGUAACCAUCAUUGAUGACGACAUUGCUCCUAUUUUCUGUCCUGAACUCAGCAUUGAAAAUGGUGAAGUCACAGUAAUGGGAGAACAGACACCUGGAACCACCGCCCACUACAGUUGUGACGAGUUCUACAUACUGAAUGGGAAUACGUACCGAACCUGUCAAGAGAAUGGAACCUGGACUGGAGAGGAUCCGGAAUGUGAACGUGGACCCUUCACUGCCUCGUGCCUGUCCUCUAUGGAUAGCAUCACUGGGCCUCUGAUUAUCAACUGUAGUACUGUGGGACCUGCCGUCAUUGUCAACAUAUCAUGUGACUUUGAUAAUAGUGCUCGCGUUGAGGAAUGCACCUCUCUUCUGAGUAUCAACUUCCUUGACUUUGAUGCUGGAAUCCACACACUAGUCAUCACCUUCACUGAUGCGGACGGAAUUGCGGUUCAAUCGAGCUUCUCCUUCAGUGUACCCUUUGUGUGCCCGAGCCUGAGCAUUGGAAACGGUGAUGUGGAUAUCAUGGGUAGAAUGUUCAAAAUUGGAUACCUGGCGGGGGCCAUCGCUAACUACAGUUGUGACAACUUCUUCAUACUGGCUGGGAAUGAGUUCAGGAAUUGCCAGGCGGAUGGAACCUGGGAUGGAAUGGAUCCGGAAUGUGAACGUGGACCUAUCAUGCUGGACUGUACCUCCUCCCAGACCAGCCCUGCAGUGCUACCUGACCUUAGUUGUACGGCAGUGGGUCCGUUCUCUAUCGUCAACACUAUCUGUAACUUCGACGACGGAGCAUAUAAUAUCACGGAGUGUGAUCUUGCGGCACCACUGAAGAGUCCAGUUGUAGGCCAACUGGGUGCAGGUAACCACACCCUCUUGAUCACCGUUUCGGACAGCGAUGGCGAGAUGGCCAAAUUCAUAUUCAAUUUCUUCAUUCCUCCACCACUUGGACUUGCCUGUGUGGAGGUGGAGUUCAACCCGUUCUUGUAUAGAUUAAUGUGCACAGCUGACAACAGUUUAUCGAAACCUCUACUAUGUGAGGCAGCCUCAAGUCUCGGCUCCUUCACAGUCGAUUGUGGCCAGCUGGAUGUAGUCAACACCAUCGAUGCACCGCCUCUCUUGGGUGAUGUUGCGUACACCCUUACGGUAUCAGCUGUCGAUAUCUUUGAGCAGCAAGAAUCCGAUGUGCUGAUGUUCAUUCUCCCAGGCCCACCCACCCUAGAGCUGCAGUUUAAUAAUAACACUCCUGAUGUCGAUGGCAGCGAUAUUAGAGUCUCCUUUGUUUCAAACAAUCCCCUGGAAUCAGCUGUCUGUGCUAUCAAUGGUCCCAAUCCAAUCAGUAGAUCAUGUGAUCUCGCUAUGGAUGGAUUCUCUGGUAGUUUUGUCUUCUCUCCAGUGAACAGAGUUACUGCUCGAUACAUUACCAUCACGGCUAUGUCUGCAAACAGCCAGACAGGAUCACUAAUCAGAGGUGUUCGUUCAGGGGCGAUUGCACAGUGUUCCGCUCAUCUCAUCAACGAAGGGGUGGUUAUCAGCGGCAACAGUGUAACCGUGGAGUUCACGAUCACUGGGCUAGCCAACUUGGCUUCAAGUAUCUGCAUCCUCGGCUCACAAGUGGUGGAUCCUUGUACGAGCCCAGUAACAUUCGAUAAUGUGAUCCAAGCAGAAUUCCAGGGAGGGUUAGUUAUUCGGCCUAAUGACCCUGAUCGUCUCUGCAGCAGGACCAUAAGUCGUUUGGUAACGCUCGUCUAAGAGAAACUGUGAACUGAAGCUAUAGUAUUAUCAUUAUAAUCAUUAUAGAGUUAUAGUCGUAUUGCAGAACACAGCUGUAUGGUAGAAGAACAACUGGUAUAUAGAUGUAGAUCAUUUUUAUUCUCAUCCUUGUAACAUUUUAAAAUUGUGCUUCUUUUAAAGUCAUAAUACAGCAUGUUACAUACUAUAA